AUGGCCAAUCUCACUAUGGAAACGGCUGUCGAAUAUCUUUUGUCUGCUCCUAAAGUGGUUCGGGAAUUGCAGCCAGUACAUUGGAUGUUUCUCGAUGCGCCUCCGGAUGGGAGUGUAAUGCUUGUCUGGCAGCCGUUAAAUCACCUAGGGACCAAUUUUGCAAGCGAUGGCUACGUCUGGGGGGAUGCAGAACAGGUAUACACCAGCGAGUCGAGAGGAUAUACUGUCGAAAUGUGGCUCCAUCGAUGUGGAUAUCACCCUCCCCAUGAAUCCGUCGCCACCCACGCGCGAAGACGGUUCCGAUUGACACCAUCCAAGACGCCCAAUCCCAACCUUCCACCUCCCGAUCCUUCUCUAUGGAUUAUUCAUUACUGCAAAGCCCCUUCUAUUGAUCAAAUUCCGGCAACUCAUAUUGCUGUGCCUCCGGCUGUUCAUAACAUUCUUGCUCAACGCCGAUUUCUGCAGAGCCAGGGUCAGCUUGCGAGGAAAGAAUUUAUGCUACAUGAUAGGAAUAAUUGGCCAACCAUCAAUCUCCCACCUCAAGUUGGCCAGCAGCAUUACGGCCAGCCGGGUCCCUACGGCCAGCAAUACAUGGUCCGCCAACCCCAGGCCCCCUUUUUCCAACCUCCUCCGCCAGCAGCCAUGCCUCAUGCACAAGCCAAGGUACCGCGACCACGCGCUGGUGCACCUGUCCCAAUGUCGACCGCACCAUUUCAUGACUUGUCUUUGGACGAUGAAGAAGUUUCUACUGGUGAUUUCUUAGAUAAUAUCACACAACGAGAGAUUAGCCGACUAAGAUAUCGCCAUAACCACGAGUGGAUGGAAGAACUCUUUGACUCACCUUACAAUAUUAGCCAAAUCUUACCUGUUGAUCUAGGACUUGGUCGAAAGGGGGAGUUGGAAUCUCUUACAAAAGGAUAUUUAAGCGCCCCAACCAAUGCUUCGCAUCCUGAUGAGGAAUCUGAACUUAACAGUGGGGCCGUACAGCUAGACUCCAACAAAAUGAACGAGUUUACCGAGGCAGUCAACAAAAGAGUAGCAGAUGUGACGGCUGAAAUAGAGGCUCUGAAGCGAAAGCAUGCAACACAGCUCGAAAAGCUUAAGCGCUUGACUGCGCUAAAAGAAGGAGAAAUACGCCUUCGUGACGCUUAUGUCGAUCCUACAAAUGUUGGUACAGAAUUUUGGCGAGUUGAAGAUAGGUUAAGGCCAGUAAUCGUCAAGGAAGACACGUUGCAGCAGGAGGAACCCCAUGAAACAAAACCAAAAACCAAAGUCGCCGAUAUUACAAAUACAGUACAGGAGCAAUGGGGUGAGAGUAUUAUGCCCUUGAAGAGCUUUGAAUGCGUGGACAAAGGCGGAUUCCAGGAGCCCGUCAACAAAGCCCCUAAACCAACCGUAGAAGCAUCCUACACGGCAGAUAUCGACAUGGCAAAUACUGCAGAGACGCCAAAGCUAAACGAACCGCAGAACGCUAGACUGGGGGCAGCAGAAACGCGGUUCGAAGUGGGGAACGAAGCACUAGGCCAACAGCAGUCGACGCGUCUUGUUGGGCCUUCCGUCGCGUCACAAGGCGCGUCGCGGCCCAAUACGGAAUCUGGCGGCGAUGUUGAUAUGGGCGGCGUGGGUAACAACUCAGCCCCGUCAGCCGACCAGCUGGGUGAAGACUGGAUAGUGGUGAACAAAGACGAGAAAAUUCCUGCGGAUGAAACGGCAGGGGGGAGGGGGCCUCCAGCGGGCAUGGCGGCAGAUAACCACGGGAAAGGCUUGGAGAGUACUGCAUUUGACGGCAGCGGCAACUUGGGGACGCCCGAUGUCCUUGAGCCGAGUAACUUCGACGAUGCUACGGGCUUCAACUCGGCUGGGGAGGCACUAGCCGCCUAUGACGACAAUGACGGACUAGACCUGGGGGGGCUGGACAACUCAGCCUUUGGCGAUGCAUUCCAUGCAUCUGAGGGGGAGCACCAGCACCACGACACCGAGGACAUGCCAUAA